AAGCUCGAUUGCACGCCCUACCCGACAGCCCCGAAGAAAAAAGUGAAGAAAAUAUCAAAAAAUUUCCGGAUGGCGAGAAUGAAACUUUGCAGAGGCAAGAAAUUGAAAAAAAUGCUGAAGGGAAUAACAAAUUUGGAAAAAAUUCUGAUAAUAAAGAUUUUAAGGAAAGAUUAAAUGAUCAGAAUAAAGAUUGUGAUGUCAUAGUGGAUACUGAAUCCACCCCAACAGUUGAGACAAUUGGGUCGUCUGUUUAUAACAAUGUUGCUAUGACUAAUAAUGGGGUAUUGUCUUCAACAAUGGAACAUAACGAUAAUUUGAUCGAAGGAACAACUGGUUCAUCCGUUCGACAAAGUUUUGAUGAAGAUUUGAAAAAAGGCGUGAAUAUUGAGAUGACGUCGAAAAACCCAGUUGAAGAGGAAGGCCCACCCGCCGAUUUCUUCUAUGAUUUUGAGCAAUACCAGUCAGUGUCCCGAGUAACAAACGAAUCUGGAAUCCCAUCCAAUCUUCUUCAAUUCUUCCAUUCGUUUGGUUACGAUUGUUGUAAAAGAUCCAACCUCCAUUUAUUGAACGGUCCAACUGCUGUGUUCGCUGCUGGAAACUUGGUCCACCUACUCAACCUCAACAGCAGGGAGCACAAGUUCAUUCGUAGUUGUAGUGGAGGUGGUAUCGGAUCAAUUGCUAUUCAUCCAAGUGGAAAAUAUUUUGCCGUCGCAGAAAAAGGGAAGAAACCACAUAUUUUGGUUUACGAGUUUCCCUCGAUGAAGUUGUACCGAGUACUGCAAGGGGGUACGGAACGCGCGUAUUCAUUCGUUGACUUCAGUCCUAAAGGUGACUUGCUAGCCUCUGUCGGUUCCGCACCUGAUUACAUGUUAACUGUUUGGGAUUGGUGCAAGGAGAAGAUUAUGCUGAGGUCAAAGGCUUUCUCACAAGAAGUAUACCGCGUAACUUUCUCCCCAGAACAAGAAGGUCAACUCACAUCCAGUGGAACAACUCAUAUCAGGUUUUGGAAGAUGGCAUUCACAUUCACUGGGUUAAAGUUGAAAGGUGAACUUGGUAGAUUCGGCAAGACAUCUUUGAGUGACAUAGAGGGAUAUAUUCAACUACCGGAUGGAAAAGUGUUAUCGGGGUGCGAGUGGGGGAAUAUGCUGCUGUGGGAUGGUGGGCUUAUUAAGGUUGAGAUCUGUAAGAAGAACCUGAAGCCAUGUCAUGUUGGCUCCAUUCAACAACUUGUGAUUGAUGAAGGGGAACUCAUAACCAUUGGGUUGGAUGGUUAUGUUAGGGUUUGGGAGUUGGAAGCGAUUGACACAGCGGACACAACGGAUGAUUCGGACAAGUUUGAAGUUGAGCCGAUGAAUGAAUUGAAAGUGGGGACCGAUGUUCAACUCACAAGGAUGGUUAAGGCUGCCGAAGAUGAGGACACAGAGGAAGGAUCAUCCAUAUGGUACGCACAAGAUGCAGGUGGUGGGAUAUGGAAGUUGGAUCUUUCAUUCUCACAUACGACGAAACCUCCUGCGAAGCUUCAUUCGUUCACGAGCGGUCCAAUCGCGGGCCUCGCCUCGUCACCAUCGAGCCACUUGGUGGCGACAACGGGCGACACCUUCGUUCGAAUCCACGAUUAUUUAACAAGGGAUAUUUUGUGCGAGUUUAAAUCGCCGAGUGUUCAUUCGAGGGGAACGGCGCUGAUAUGGCCGAAUAAAGUGGUUGAUCCGAAAGGUACCACCAUUAUUGGUGGCUUUUCCGACGGAAUACUUCGGGUGUUGACACUACGUCAGGUAGAUGGCGCCAAUGAGCUUAUUCUAAACCAGGUGAUGAAACCUCAUUCGUCCACCAUCACGUCCCUUGCGUUCGACAACACUGGUGAGAUCCUCGCAACAGGGAGCACCGAUAAAACCGUCUUCUUCUUCUCGGUUGAUGCGGGUGGUUAUUCACCAAUCGGGUUCGUGAGCAUUCCUGGGGAAGUAACCGGGAUGGAGUGGUCGCCUCCGGGAUUCCCCGACACGACCCUCCUCGUGUCUUGUAGUAACGGGAAAGUUAUUGAGAUUACGGCACCCUCUCAUACAGACACCUCACAUUCAUUCAAGUUAUCAGAUGUUGCUAUGAAGUACUUCACAUUUCAAAGCAUUAAGUCCAGACUGAGAAGAGAUGAAGAGAGAGAAAGGAAAGAAGUGGAGAAGAAAAAAAGAAGAAGGCAAAGGGAGAAGGAAUUGCAAAGAAGAAAAGACAGAGGUGAGGAGAUAAGUCCGGAAGAUGCUGCUUCGUUCCUUGAGGAAGAUCCCGAGGAUGUUGAUGAGGAAGAAGAGGAAUUAUUCAUCCCCCCGCAUCCCAACAGUGUUCUCCAAGCAUCAUAUUUGCUCCCGGGAAGAUUCAUGGCAUCCAUGGAUGGUUAUGAUGCGGGGUAUUUAUACGAGUGUGUCUUCAAGGAUGAAGAUCAGGAUGAAGAAGUUUCAUCAGAGCCAACAAGAGCCAUUCCUGUUAAAGAUUCCUCGGACGUCCCAAUCUCCCGUAUCUCCUUUACGACCGAUCGUCGCAAACUUGUGGCCGGGUUCCUUGACGGAAUGAUCCGUGUUUACCCACUAGAGGGAGAUCCAGAGCUCCCAUUCGACCUCGAUAUGAUGGGCGCACAUUGGGACAUGAACAUGCAUGAUAAUGAUACUGGGAGCAUAACGAACAUAGUGGAAAGCUAUGAUGGGGCGUAUCUAUUCAGUGGGGGAUCAGAUGGGAAUAUAUUUGGAUAUCAUUCCCUCGCUCAUGAAGAAAUUGUGAAGAGCAUGGAAGGAAAGAGAGCAAAGCUACCGACACCUAAGAAACGCAUCGUUGGGGAGAUGAGCGUGGACGACAUCAACGACCCACAAGCUUACAGCAUUGAGGAUGCCAAGUUGAAAGCUGAGCACGAUAAGAUGAUCCGAGAUGCAGAAGGGAAGAAGAUGGCUGAGAGGAGGAGGGUGGGGAAACUGAGGAGGACUUUCCUCGAGCUGCUGGAGAAGAAUAACGAUCUUCCAGAGGAUGUUAGGCUUAAGAAAGCGGAGUUUGAGUUGGAUCCCACCAUCCGGCACAAGAUGGAGCAAGAGACAGAGUCGAAGAUAGAGCGGGUGAGGUUGGAGAUGAUGUGGGAGAAAGAGAAACUAUCGUUGGUUCAUCGCAAGUUGGAGCAACGCUUCCGUUCCCAACUCGAGUGCGACCGAAUCAUCGUCCAUUCGUUCAAAUCGAGCCACACGGUGUCCUCGUACAGGGUUGCUAAGUUACCCGAUGAGUUCUUCACGUUGAAGGACGUUGUUGAACAGCGUGUUCGGGCAGCAAGCCUUGCAUCUGAGGGUGGGGUGAUGGGGCUGAUGGAUGGUGGGGCUUCUAUAUCAUCGGGGAGGGGGGGUAAAGACGAUGAUGAACUAGAGGAAACCGUCAUUGAAUCGAAACAAAAGAAAUCUUCGUUACUUCACGGGAGGAAAGCUGAGAAAGUCGCCAAAGCUUUGAAGAAAGCUGAAGAGUCCAAGAUGAAAAGGGAGAAACGUCAUAAAGAGUGGGAGGAAUUGUUCCGUAGCAAACCUGAUGAGAAUUAUGAAGAUCCUGCCGAUGUUUCAGCAAUCAAAGACGCACAAGCGAAUAUGGGAGACUUUAAGCUGAAGACGUCACCUGAUUACGUGGUACCCGAACAUCUGAGAAUGGAUACUGAGAAGAAGCGAUAUCAACUUUUAACUUUACUGGGAUUGAUCCAUCGAGCAAAAUCGGACUUCAACGAGAAGUUAACGACGCUCCGUGAUUGGAAGCUCUCUUCCAUCAUCGAGAUGAAGAAUCAACUCCAGGAGUUGAAAGAGAUGCAGAGGAGGAUGGUUAAGGAUGAGAAAGUUGAUCUUCCCAUCAUCCCACGCCCGCAUCCGGAUGAACAACCACACAAGAGGUACGAGUACACACGCGACACCCUGCUUAAGUUCGAGGAAGAUGAAAAGAUGAGAGAAGAAGCUGCUGCUCAAAAGAAGAGGCAAGGAGGUGGAGGACUCUUUGGGGGGUUCGGGGAUGAG